GACAAUGGAUAGCGAAUGGAUAUUCCAUAUUUAAAACAACAGUGGAAGGCUCAUGUAGAUUGAGUAAAAAUGCUCUUCUUAGAAUUGAACAAUGCCAAUGCCAUUCGCCACUAGUCACAAUCUCAAUCUCACAGCAUUGUGUAAGGAGGCUCGGUUGAAAGCGGCGCUUCACAGUCUGCUUACGACACACAAUCCAACUGUAAACGCCUCUACAUAUCUUCAGCUAUUGCAAGCCCGCAUUUCCAAGAAAUUCCUAUCAGAGGGUAAGCAAAUCCACUCACACAUCAAUGAGAGGGAAUUUGAGUUUGCUACACACAAUUUUUUACAGAACACCCUUAUACGGAUGUAUGACAACUGCGGAAGCUUAGUUGAUGCGCGCAAAGUGUUUGACCAAAUGACUGAGCACGAUAUCUUCUCAUGGAAUAUCAUAAUUGCAGCUUACAGAAGACAUGGGGAUCCUCACGAAACAUUGAGAGUGUUUCAGAGAAUGCAACCAACAGGUUUCCAACCUGAUCAGUUUACGUUUGCCAGCAUACUCCCGGCGUGUGCCAAAAUGAACUCGUUGGAACAGGGUAUGAUCAUACAUCAAAGAAUAAUUGAUAGUGGAUUUCUGUCAGAUGAUGUAGUUGGAAAUGCCCUGGUAGAUAUGUAUGCAAAAUGUGGAAGCAUACAGAAAGCACGUGAGCUGUUUGAAAAAAUGCCUCAAAAAAAUGUGGUCUCAUGGAAUGCAAUGAUUGCAGGAUAUACACAAAACGGUCCUCUUGACAGAGCUAUAAGGCUUUUCGAAAAGAUGCCUCAAAGAAAUGUUGUUUCAUGGAAUGCUAUAAUUGCAGGAUAUGCACAAAAUAGUUUUGUUGAAGAGGCCUUGGAAACUUUUAAGAAAAUGCAAUCGACAGGUGUAAAACCCAUUACUACAACCUUUGGCAGUGUCCUUACGGCCUGUGCCAAAAUGGAAGCUUUAGAACAGGGUAUGGACAUUCACCAAAACAUAAUGAAAAGGGGGUUUUUAUCAGAUGUUUUAAUUAUAAAUGCUUUGGUAGAUAUGUAUGCUAAAUGUGGAAGCAUACACAAGGCAUGUGAAUUGUUUGAUAAAAUGCCUCAAAGAGAUGUCAUCUCAUGGACUUCACUGAUUGCAGGAUGCCUACAAAAUGGAGUUGUUGAAAAGGCCUUGGAAACUUUUAAGCAAAUGCAGUUGGGAGGCGUAAAGCCAAACUCCACAACCUUCGCAAGCAUCCUCCCAGCCUGUGCCAGAAUGGGAGCCUUAGACCAAGGUAUGGGCCUCCAUCGAAGCAUAGUGGAAAGGGGUAUUUUGUCAGAUAUUGUAGUUGCAAAUGCCCUCGUAGAUAUGUAUGGAAAAUGUGGUAGCAUACACAAGGCAUGCAAUCUGUUUGACAAAAUGCCUCAAAAAAAUGUGAUCACAUGGACUGCAAUGAUUGCAGGAUACGCACAAAAUGGGCUUGUUGAAAAGGCAUUAGAAGCUUUUACGCAAAUGCAAUUGGCGGGUAUCAAGCCAAACUCCACAACCUUUGCAAGCAUCCUGCCAGCCUGUGCCAAAAUGGGAGCUGUAGAACAGGGUAUGGACAUCCAUCAAAGCAUAAUAGAAAGAGGAUUUAUGUCAGAUCUUGUAGUUGCAAAUGCUCUAAUUGAUAUGUAUGCAAAAUGUGGAAUCAUACACAAGGCACGUGAAGUUUUUGACAAAAUGCCUCAAAAAAAUGUAAUAUCAUGGAAUGCAGUGAUUUCAGGAUAUACACAAAAUGGGUGUGUUGAAAAGGCUCUGGGAACAUUUAAGCAAAUGCAAUCAGCAGGUGUAAAGCCAGACUCAACAACCUUUGUCUGUAUUCUCCCAGCAUGUGCCAAAAUGGGAGCUUUAGAACAGGGCACGGACAUCCAUCAAAGUAUAAUGGAAAUGAACAUAUUGUUAGGUGUUGCGGUUGCAAAUGCCCUAGUAGAUAUGUAUGCAAAAUGUGCAAGCAUACAGAAGGCACGUGAACUGUUUGAUCAAAUGCCUCAAAGGAAUGUGAUCUCAUGGACUGCAAUGAUUGCAGGAUAUGCACAAAAUGGCUUCUGUAAGGAUGCUCUUAGUCUUUUUGAAUCAAUGAAGCUCUCUAGAACACACCCUGACCAUGUAAGCUUCAGUUGUAUUUUAUUGGCAUGCAGUCAUGCAGGUUUAGUGGAUGAGGGCUGUAAAUACUUCAAUCUCAUUAGUGACUCCUAUCGGAUAACACCUACAAUUGAUCAUUAUGUGUGCAUGGUUGACCUUCUUGGCCGUGCUGGCUAUCUUGAGGAAACUCUAAACUUCAUCAUCAAAAUGCCAAUUAAACCUGUGAAAUGGGUUACUGGAGUGAAGUUCAAAUGGUAAGAAAAUUAAUGAAAGAUAGAGGCAUUCAAAAGAUACCUGGAUGUAGUUGGAUUGAAAUCCAUAAAGUAGUACAUGCAUUUUGUGUUGGAGACAAAUCACAGCCUCAGACAUAGGAGAUCUAUGCAAACUUGGAAACUUGUCUGGGAGAUGAAGGUUGCAAGGUAUUUUCCAAGACAUGCUGAAUGGUGCGAAGGAGGAAGAAAAAGAAUUCUUCCUCUGCCACCAUGGUGAAAAGCAUGCAAUAGCAUCUGGAUUGGAAAACACAAGCCCGGGAUCACAUUUUAGCUAUCAAGUACCUUGACUGCCACACUGCAACCAAGUUUAUGUCCAAGAUUGUUGAGAGUGAACCGGUUCCUCUUAAGUACAAUGUUCUUGUGGGGAUUAUUGGUGGUGCCAAGUGAAGCAAAUCUAGACUUUGACGCUCGGAGAUGAAAGGAAGAGAUCUCUUGAUAGUUCUUUAAUCCAUAUCUUGUGCUAAUGUCAGGUCUUCAAUUUGGGAUUGAAUUACAUAUAUCAGAUUAUGUGCACAAAUGUAUGUAUGUCAAUGCAGAUUUGCUCAAAGGAAGGAAAUUGUUUAUAGUCACACUAGAAGUUGGGAGGAUUAUGGAAGACAUCUUUAAGAGAAAGUGUAGUCACUGGGCAUAAAUCAUCAAUCAAUAGCAAGCUAGCAAGCGGUCUACCUUCAAUAUAAAGAAUCAACAUGCUUGAAGGUUUCUGGCCGUGUUUAUUUUUUGAAUCAAUUUUUUGGAUCAUAUUUUAUAAUCCAUCAUCAAGAUAGUGAGUUGGAGAAGAGAAAAUAUGAUGCUUAUAAAAUAUUAAACUUAUAGUAUGAUAAACUGCAUUUAAUCUUAUACCUAGAAAGACCACUAAGUUAUAACCUAUUAUAUGAUAAACUUUUUGAAGGAUGGAAAGACACAAAGACACAUGGACACAUCCACACAUUAGGUGAAGGCUACAUAAACAUCAAGCUUCGCCACGAAGAAUAUAUGUGUAAUGUGAAGAAAGAGAAAUAUAUGUAAUUAGUAUAUCUAUAUUUAAAAAUUAUAGGUAAAUUAUGCCAAGAGAUAUCUUAUAAGAAUAUAGUUGCUUUUAUUGAUUGUUCCCUUUUAAAU